GCCACUACACGAACAUAGUGACGUAAGCACGCAUCACGUGACUCCUGGCGAGGGAACCAGGGAACAGCCGCGAUACUUUUACUUUGAAAGGUCGAGUCGUCUCAUGCGCAACAUCUCGGGAGACGCCAGAGCAGCUAAUAACGUGCGGAAAGGAAACACUGGAUCACAUAUUUUGACGUUUAUUUGGAUUUUUAUCAGAAUUGCAAGCACUGCCUGACACUUACAGGGUAAAACAGGGUUAAUGUAACCUCUGCGCACGUUUUAAACAGCUAGUUACGCCCCCUUUACCUAGCCCGGACAGCUAACGUUAACAGCCUGUCGAGUAGUACAAUAGCCUGUGAGCCUUGAAGAGAUUUCCAAAGCCGAGGGUCCAGGAUGCGAGAGGAUUAUUUUUGAGGAACGACCCCCAUCCACGGUAAGUCACGGAACCUGAAGAGUUGACAGUCUGUGAAUCAGCGGGUCUCUGUUCUUGCUAUGCUAACGCUAGCUGCUUUCUCCAGUUAAAGACAGUAUGGGGCUAAUUAGCUUCAAAGUUAGCACGAAUACCCCCACCUGUCUCAUGGUAACGCAGAAGCUAAGACAGUUGUGAGCUUUGAAUGUUGAUACAAUAAGACAGCCUAUAAUAGAAGACAAUUUAAGCAACAUGAACAGUGUAACAUUAGUUGGUUGUAUUAAUAAAGGCUGUAGCCUGUAAUGCUGCUGUGCUAAUAUGUGAGCUAAUAUAACAACGUGUUUCUUGUCCGAGCUUUUUCGAUUGGGUCUGUAUUGCCUUUUGUGAAUAUAUAGGCGUUGAAAAGGGUAGGAUGAGACAUUCAAUGAAUGCCUACAGUAUUUUACCCUUAACUGUGUGAAAGGUCACAGGGGGGUAGUGGGUCCUCUCUAUCUGACCCACAUCUGAGUCUGUUAAACAUUCACCCCCUGAUAUAGAGACUGUCAGACUACAAACCUCGGUUACACACUGUCUGAAUGAAGUCUUUAUUACACCAUGAUAAGGCUGCUGCAGUGUCUCUGCAUGGGGAGUUAUUGCAAGUCAUUUGUGUUAGAUUGUCCACUAUGUUCACUUAAAAUAUCAUUCCUAACAUAGUGAAUGAAAUUCAGACUUUCACAAUUUGUAUAUUUCUCAAAUACUCAUACCUUAAUAAUAAUGACAUUGCAAAUCGCUGAUACCAGAACACUGAGGUUUGGAAAUGAACAGUGGAUUUUUCCAAAGGUAAUUAGUAAUCUGUAAAGGACAACAAGAAUUUGAGUAAUGUGGUCAGUUUUAGUAGGGCAGGUUUAGAGCUGGAUAGCAGGCCUGUGAAUUUACUGAUACUGGAGUGUGUUGUGUUACAGUAACCAACCCUAGAGGUUAAUGAAGGCCUUGCCUGAAUCUGAAAAUGAAAGGAGUGUUCAAGGAUGGAAAUCAGUCUUUAGAAGCUGAUGCAACCAAAACUGGAAAGUACUCCAAGGUUUUCAUCCUCGUCUGAAACUUAGCAAUACAAUGGGGUUCAAAACAGACAUAAAGACAUAUACAUGGCAUACCGAACUCGUCAUCUCAAGAGUGAUCAUACAUGUACUGGGACAAUACCGGACAAUAUUGCAACAGGGCGCAAUGAAAUAAUAGGAUGCAGAAAACAGCAGGUGAUUGAGGUGCAAUCUUUAUUAAGGUUCAUGAAUCAAUGUGAACAUGUAUGGAACUGGUCAUGCAGACUUUAGAUAGAUAGAUAGAUAGAUAGAAUUAUGCUGUUUUGUCAGACAUAAUUAUAAUCUUACCUUCCAUAAACAAAUAUCUGGAGCCCAUUGCUGAUCCCCUGUUUACCUGUUUUGUCAAGCCACGUGGAUCCUUGUAGUUAAAGAGACUUUCUAAAAACGUGUUAAUCCCUCUCUUAAAUCAGUAGUAACUUACAUGCGAGAUAAAUUUAUCUGCCUAAUUCACACAGCAGGAAAUUUAACCACACAUGGGAUCAGUCAGGCUAAGCCUCUGACUGAAGAGUUUUCUGUCAGGUCAGGUGUAAGCAGUGCUUCUUGAGUGCAGAUUAAAGUGCAGUCCUGGAACUACUGGCUGUUAUAUCAGGGACAUCGUUACACUACAUUUGUUGUCCACACAUGCACAAGAGAAGGCAAACAAUGUGAGCCUCCCAGAACAGUGUGAGAAAUCUUCACAAAGACUCCUGACAUUAGGAUCUGCAUGUGAUGAACUCAGAGAAAAUGUUGAGAAUGCUUUUGACAUUAACACUUAGGGAGGAAAGAAGUGUCAGGAAGUGUUCUUCCUCCAAGUUUUUUAAUUUUUUUUUUUUAUCAUAUUCAGAUUGCAGAUUGUCUGUGAGGCCAAUGAAACACUAAGAUCUAAGAAGGUUGUCAGUGUCUUUUAAAAACUGAGUAUUCAGAAACCAAGUGAACAGAAAACAUCCUUUAUUAUCCAAGUUUCAGCUAAUCCACAUGCUCAUGCUAGAUUACCUCUGAGAACUCCAUCCAACAAAUGCCCCUGCGUGCAUCAGAGCAGUUUACUGCGACUCAUAUUUACAUUAAAACUGAUUUUUCUCUCUGUAAUCCCCCAUUAUUCAAACAUGAAGAUUACAUAACUGCAUUUAAGCCAAAGGCCAAAUCUAGUUUUACACUUAACAUGGAUCGUCUUAAUCCAGGGGUUGGGUUGGAUAAAGUCAUCUGGCUGUAACCUGGAUAUCCCGACUCUUACAGGGAGAGCUUAAAGGGUUACAAAAUCACCCAGUACUGUACUCAAAAAACCUCUGCUGCAGAAGUUGGUGUCCCGUGUUGUUUAAGUUAAGAGGAACUUCAGAGACACCCAUGGGUGAUCAUAGACUCAUUUCUGUCUUCCUUACAGUGCCAUGUCUCUGGUUUUCACACGACCCAACACCAACCCAGUCCACGGCAAGAAGGAUAAGAGACUGAUGGCGGAAGUGAACGCGUCACCGCUCAAACACUUUGUCACGGCAAAGAAGAAGAUCAAUGGGAUCUUUGAACAGCUGGGGGCCUACAUCAAGGAGAGUGCUUUAUUUCUAGAAGGUAUUGUGCAACCUGUCUUUUGCCCUUUUGGAGAUAAGCACCCAUUUAUCAGGACACUCAGCGUGUAUGUCUAAAUGAACUGCCUGAAGGUCACUUUGCCUAAAUCAUGGUGGCAGCCUCAGUAGGUCAGACUUAUCACAUUUCAGUUUCACUUUUCAUGCAGUGGAGAGAUGGCCAGAGUACACAGCUUAUUCCUCCUAUAAACAUCAUUGCUAUUAAGUCAUGAUCCAGACCUUCAUCUCAUAAUAUAAUCUGAUUGUAAUCCCAACCACAAUCUUAUAAUGUGAAACUAUAUAGUUGCACAAAAAGCUGUGAUUUUCAGUGAAAGUAAAUGUCUGUAAAUGUUGCACAGAACAGAAAGGAACACUGUGCAAAACCUGCAGAGUUAAAGCUGCAGCGUUGCAUGGCAACACAACCAGUUAGAGUCAACACCUGAGGAGUGCCACCACCUUUGCACUGGAGAAGAAUACCUGUGUAAAGUUUAGACUUGAGCUGUCUCUGUUAGCUCUUUGCAGAAAUGUCCUCAUUUUGUAAGAGUACCUUAUAAAAUUAAGGUUUUAAAGAAAUGCUUCUAGACUUACAGAAGUAUCACAUUUCUAAUCUCUUCACAUUUCUGAGGAAUACAUUUAUUUUCAAGAGCAAAAAUACAAAUGAAUUUAAUCUUUAAUUUUAAAAACCAGUUCUGUACAAGCCUUCAUUUAUUUCAAAAAUCCAAAAUGUUGAUUUUAAAUGACUUGAUUGUGUUGACCUCUGUCCAGCAACAAAAUGUGAAAAACCAGCCUGAAUAAUAACUAAAUGAAACUGCAAACUAGGGCUCAUCAUUUAGGGAUCUUUUAUGUUUGGCUUUAUAAAGCAUGCAGCCAAAUUUUCUGUGAAAUUCAAAUGUUGAAAAGAAAAGAUGUUGAAAAUUAUCUGUCAAACUCAAAUAUUUUAGACUGCCAGACUAGUUCAAAGACAUUGAAAACUUGACUGGUAUUGUGAAUUGACAUGUUUCUGCUGAUUUUUUGUGUGUUAGAUACCUACAAAAAUGAAGAACUGGACCCGGUCACUACAGAGGAGCAGGUCCAGGAGGUCCGAGGUUACCUCAACAAGGUGGCAGGGAUUGGAGAAGUGCUCGCUCGCAGGCACAUGAAGGUGGUCUUCUUUGGGAGGUAUUUAUGUUUUUUUUCUCUCUUCAGUUAUUUUUUUAAUUGAUUUUCAGUCAGAAUUACUUUAUUUAAUGUUUCCACCUUUUGCUUCAUAGUUUCAUCCAUACAACUAGUUUUAAUUCAUUCCAGUGUUGCUGUUGACAUCAAAUGUUAAAUUCGACCUAAAACCACAUGCGUAUCAUUUACUCUACAGGACGAGUAAUGGAAAGAGCUCCGUGAUCAACGCCAUGCUCUGCGACAAGGUGCUGCCUUCUGGAAUCGGACACACCACCAACUGCUUCCUGAGGGUGGAGGGCACUGAUGGCAACGAGGCCUUCAUCCUCACUGAAGGAUCUGAAGAGAGGAAGAGCAUAAAGGUCAGAGCAACACGUCUUUAAUUUGUACAACCUCUGUGUUAAAAGAAGUGUCUGUAAACCGGGCUCACGCUGAUGUUUUUUGUGUUUAAAGACAGUGAACCAGUUGGCCCACGCUCUCCACCAGGACGAGGACCUGGACGCUGGCAGUUUGGUGUGUGUCAUGUGGCCUAAAGCCAAGUGCGCUCUUCUCAGGGAUGAUCUGGUGUUGGUGGACAGGUGAGACACAAACUAACAGUGUUAAAUCAACAAAUUAAUUCCCACACCUUUUAAUCAGAAGAGCGAUUUUUUUUUUUCGAGCAAAGCUGGAUUUUGUGAGCUAUUUAGACACUUUAAGCUGUUCAAACUCUUUAAACCCCUCCUGACUGUGUCUGAAUUUGCCCUUUUACACAUGUAACACACAGUAGGAGGCGCUUUCUUGAUUAGUGAAACAAACUGUCUGGUUUAAAGAAAGGGUGGUGCUUGAAGAAAGUGUGCAAGAGAAGGACGACUGGUCUGUGAUGGUGAAUGUGUUUAUUAUUGCUCCGAAACAAAGAUGUAUCCACAGUGGAAACACAGGAGUCAAAAACAGCAGAUAAGAGGAACACCUCAAUGUUAUUGCAGGAGUGCUUUGCAUGUUCAAAAGGCGCUUUUCUUUGGUUGGUUUCAUAACGUUGGAGCCAGUUUUAACAUGUUUUUUGUUAGUCUAGCAGCACGCUGUAUUUAGAAGAUUUUUAGCACUUACAUUUUCCUCAGACUGCCACUUUGUUCUUACUCUGUUCAAAGAUGCAAGACAUACAUGAGCCUUCACCUGCAAUAAAUCACUGUCAGCUUGGCUUUUACUGAGGACCCAGGUUCAUCUUAUUUUGUUAAAAAUUCAAGAAACAAGUGUUAAACAUUUUCAAACUGACUCAGUAACAUCUGCAGGUUUUUUAUUUCAGCUCAGCUUUAACAAGGAUUACGUUUCUGUCGGGUUAAACCAUGAUGUGAAGUUUUGACUCUAAAUGUGAUUCUGAUGUUGCACAUCUGAUGGAGUAUAAUUUAGAUGCAUACUUGUGCAAGUGUUAAAUAGUGUACCUGAGAAUAUUUGCCCCUUAUCGUUCGAAGUAUUCACAGUCAUUCUUUGAUCACAUUUUUUUCAAAAAGCUUAAAUACUUGAACAAACAUUUAAAUUUCAACCACAACAGAGGAGCUUAAUAACCUUUCAGUGUAAAAGCUUUUUCUGUAAAUAUUCUUUUUGUAUGAAUUAAACUCACUCUAAUUCAGUGAACAUGGAUAAAUCUGUAGUUUUGUUAGGAUCUGGGUCUUGGAUCAAAUUCCUUCUUAAGGGUGCAGUCCAGCCACUGAAAUACAGAGGACGUUUUAGUUUUAGUUUUUUUUAGUGAUACGUGCGUGUAGAAAGAAGGAAAAAUCACUGUGUGUUUAAAUUUCAGUUUUCUUAUCCUCUUUUAUGUCUCGUCUCCAGUCCAGGUAUUGAUGUCACCACAGAGCUAGACAGCUGGAUCGACAAGUUCUGCCUGGAUGCUGAUGUGUUUGUGUUGGUGGCGAACUCUGAGUCCACGCUGAUGCAGACAGUAAGACUUAAAGUUAUUCUAAGGACCACAAUUUCAGCUAUUUUCAUGUUCACAUAGAUUUUCAGUUACUUUGAAAUAUCAGAGUGUGAUGGAUCUCAAGAAAAUGUCAGAAAUGUCUGGUUUUGUCCGUUACUCAAAAUAUUCAGUUUGAGGACAUAGAAAAGGAAAGGAAUAAGAAAAUCUGAUUAUAUGUUCAGCUGAUGUCUUGUUAAAUCAUUUGAAAUGAUUUCUCUCUCCCCAGGAAAAGUCCUUCUUUCACAAAGUCAAUGAGCGACUCUCCAGCCCAAACAUCUUCAUCUUAAACAACCGCUGGGACGCCUCAGCCUCGGAGCCUGAAUACAUGGAGGAGGUUUGUCAGAGUCCCUGUCUUUUAAUGGAAAUGUCUAGAUCGAGUAUUUGUUUCCCUUUAAACUGGAUUCAUUAGUUUCCCCACAGCUAGACCUGCCCUCUCACUGCUAAAAGAAACAUCUUCUGCUCACUGUACUCUGUUCACCCCAGAUCCCCGAUAAAGAGGAUGUACUGUCAUAGUGACUUCUUAUGUGUCUGUGUGUGACCUUACACUUGGUUCCCUUUGACUCUCUCUUGAUUCAGCUGCAGACUAAGAUUAGGCUGGUGAACGGUUUAACCUGUAUUACCACCUCUGAUACUUAAUCUAGUCUGCUGGGUGUGACCUGAGGAUCACCUCCUGCUCUCUCCUCUCCUCUUCCUGCCUGAUACGACCUGAGUCAAAGUUUAAAGUCUCCUCAGUUACCCUCAGUGUUAUCGAGCCGUGUGGAUACUCUUGUGAGGUUUUAUUUGCUCUGGUUGUGAAAUGACUCCGGUUGCGACAUGACGUCAAGAGAAGUCUUUGUGUUUUACUCACAGUUGAGACACGUAAAGUGCAGUAGAUGAAGUAUGUUUAAAUAGUUCCUUUAAAUAAAAGUCUAAACCAGCAACUUUGCAGCAGAGUUUUCACAAUUUUAGCACUUUUUAAAGAAGGGUUACUGCUGGGUCUUAAAAAGUCUGAAAACAUGUAAAAUCCACUAAUUUGAAUUUAAGGCCUUAAAAUAGCUAAAAUUCCCUUAAAACCUCAUAAAAUGUCUUAAAUACAAAGUUGAAAGGUCUUAAAAAUGUUUUGAUGUUACUUACAAAUGAAGAUUUAUUAGAAGUUAGUUUAAAAUGUUCCAGUUUCCCUUCAUGUCUUUUGUACUUUUUUGCCAGUAUGGAUGUAAAAUGGAUCUUAAAUUGUUUUCAUUAUGGUUUUAAAAAAGUCUUAAAGAGUCUUAAAUUUGACAUGUUGAAACCUGCAGAAACCCUGUUAAAGACAGCCUUUGACAUAGGUGAUUUUUCCUCCUUUUCCCUCAUCCUGUGUGAAGUCCUAUUUUGUCCAGUACCCAGCAGACACAUUAUGGUUAUCUGAAUCAAUACAAUGCCAAAAAUUGACAAACUGACAGCUGUCCUAAUAAGAAGCUGCUCCCUUGUUGCAUUGCUUGUUGUUAUUCACACUCAACAAAGGCUGUUUUUGCUCCAUCAGGUCCGCAGGCAGCAUAUGGACCGCUGCACCAACUUCCUUGUAGAUGAGCUGGGCGUGGUGGACCGAGGCCAGGCCAGCGAUCGCAUUUUCUUCGUCUCUGCCAAGGAAGUGCUCCAGGCUCGUGUGCAGAAGGCUCAAGGAAUGCCUGAAGCAGGUGAGGGGCCUGACAGAAGAAAUAGUUCCAUGAAGUAAAAGCAAGAGGAGCCACAUUUAAAAAUUAUGUCCUCCAAUCUGAAGAUUAAGAAAGUGAAAAAUUUUUCUGUUAAAAAAAAAAAUUCACACAUAAACGUGCAAUAAAUGAGACAAUGCCAGCUCAAAAAGAGUUUUCCCUUGUUUUAAGUGGGAAAUCAGUUCUGAUGAAACACUCAGCAGGUAUCAGCAGUCUUACAUUUAGUUUUUGUGUUUCAGGUGGAGCUCUUGCAGAAGGUUUUCAAGCCAGGAUGUUCGAGUUUCAAAACUUUGAGAGGCGAUUUGAGGUGAGAUCCUGAUGCAUGUAAAACAAAAUAUAUGGUUUCAUUGGGCCACAACUUUUGGUACUUGCCUCAAUUUACUAGGAAAGACUGUUUCUCGGUUCCUGAUGUGAUUGUUUAUUCAUUCCUUAUUACUCAGACUAAACCUGUGCUCAUUCAGGUACAGUCCAUGUAUAACAGAUACUAAAAAGUUAGCUCCAGCUUUACUCUGGAUAGGGAUGCACACUCUUAAAUCUGUGUUGCUGAUCCGUCUGCAUCUGUACACAGGAGUGUAUCUCACAGUCAGCAGUGAAGACCAAGUUUGAGCAGCACACAGUGAGAGCCAAACAGAUCUCUGAGGCCCUGCGUCGCAUCAUGGAUUCAGUUCACAUUGCUGCACAGGAGCAGAGGUGAGUCAGGUUUUAAAAGGACGGCAGUGAGCGUGAAAAUGAAGAGAACUUUGUAAGUGAUGGUUUUUGUGUUUGUGGUGGACAGGGUCUACUGCCUGGAGACCAAAGAGGACAGACAGGACAGAUUGGAGUUCAUAGACAAGCAGUUGGACCUGCUGACGAUGGACUGCAAGGCCAAGAUCAAGAAGAUCACAGAGGAGGUGGAGAGACAGGUGAAGCACAUAUGAUGUCCUUUCCUACCCGCUCCUGCAGCUGCAAGAAAACAGCUUCUUUUCCUCCCGAAUCUCUACAGAGAUUUAAUCAUUUACCUCUAUCACAUCCUCACCUCUUCUCUCUGCCCAUGUUCAGGUGUCUAAUGCGAUGGCGGAGGAGAUUAGGAAGCUCCACGUGCUGGUGGACGACUUCCACAUGGAUUUCCAUCCAUCACAAGUGGUGCUCAAGGUCUACAAGAAUGUAAGUACUCAGCAGAAGUCUUUGUCCUGGCUGUGAGCCCCACAGGGAGGGGCUGGAUGGAGGCUAAGCCUUCUGUCUGUCUGUGCAUGUUUUGUUUUCACAGGUGUGUACACAGCCUCUGUAACUGUUCUCUUGGAUAAAUCGGUAUGUGGACCAAUUCCAGCUCAAAUGGGUGUUUCAGCAUUCAGCAGAUCUGGGUGUGGUAUAAUUGAAGUCAUUCUGUCAGAAAUGAAUUAGGACAGAGUAUUUUUGUGUGGAGAUCUGUGACAGUCACUUGCUUGGCCUCUUAAAUGAAACAGCAUGAAGAAAUUUUAUUUGCUCUGCACCUUUUUAUACCAGAACCAUAAAUAAAAGUUCUUUUCAGUAUGAAAAUUACUUGCGGGAUAGAAGGAAAAUCAAACUCAACGUUGAGUGUUGGUAGGAAUCCUGUCCCAGUUGUUUCUGUGGGGUCUCCCCUUUGUCGAGGAAGGGUAAUACAUGACAGGUAGCGUCUGUCCUCAUUGAAAGCUCUCCUGCCACACAGGAGCAAAAUGCUUCUGCACGUCAGCAGUUAGCUGUCUGUCAGCUGUUGUUGUAUUUGUUGUGAUCAGCUGAUCUGUGUCAGCACUAGUCGUCCUGGUUAACCCUUGUGUUACGUCAGAAAGGCUUUCACUAACACUUGCACACCAGCUCAUCUGUAAAUCUUUGUACAGAUCAGUUGCUAAAUACCAAACACAGCCCUUCCCAUGCAGCAGUUUAGAAUUUCCAGAUUUCCCCAGGUUAGUAUUUUGUUUCCUCUUCACCCCUGAGCUGGUCUGACAUUCAUAUCAGGGCACAUAAUGGCCAUAUCUGAGUUAAGGCUGGACUAAGCUAGAAUACUGAAUGUGAACAUGAUAUUUUGAGUGUGUAUGCUGAAAUAGUCCUGCUCCCAAUAGAAGCAUUUUCCAGUCUCCUACAUCUGAGUUAGUCGGUUUGUACGUGCAGCACAGUGGAAAAGCUCAUCCGGGCCUCCUGCUGGCUCACUGAACCUGUAUAAAGCCUCCAUAAUCUGUGUUACGUAACAGCACUGCAGACUGAGUAAUGGUGGACUCGUUCAACCUCAACCUCACUGGAUGAGCACAGAGUCCAAAAGUGCUGCUCCUGCUUAAUCCUCGCUAUUCACAUCUGCAGAGCGCGUAAGCACAGACCAGGACACAGCCCUCCUUUUACUUAGAAAAGCCCAAAGUCCUAAACCUCUAACCUCAUUGAGAACCACAUCCACAUGGCUUGAUGCCCCGCAGUUAAGAAGGACUAACUCAGGUUUCAGGAUGCGGAAGUGCUGCAAUGUGUCAGUUCUUUUGUAAGCAGGACAAGUACAUUUCUCCAGCUUUUGCCUCUUUUAAUGAUUUACAUGAUCUUCUCUUGUUUAUUUGCUUUUGUUUGUUAGUGGGAUUGAUAUUAAUCUGUUUUACUGAUAAAUAUAAACAGAAUAAAGAAGCUCAGAUAUACUGUUUGUCUUAUUUUUAAAGUUGAGGGAAGAUUAUGAAAUUUCACUUUGAUAAAAACAAGCCCCACCCUGGUUUUAGCCUGUAUUCUGCUUUGAUUCGGCUUCAUUGAUUAUUGAUUUUGAACUCUUUUAGUAUCAGUGUACUUUCCACUCUACCUAUCCUUUUUAGAAAAACUACCAGCAACCUCAGUUUCACACUCUGCACUUAGAGUAGUAGGGUUGUCAAAGUACCAGAAUUUUGAGCUUUUAUACCACACUAGCAAAAAUCCAACAAUACCAAUACCUGUUUUGAUCCCAUAGAGAUAAAAUAACCUACUUCUGGACACCAAAAGUUGUCUAUUUUUCUUAUUCAAAAAGCAUUGGUAUAGAAAAACUCAAGACAAUCAAAAUCAAAUGUUCUGUUUGUGGUAAAAAAAAAAAGGCUGAAUAAAAGGAAUUUUCUUUUGCAUAGUUACUGAAAUAUUCCCUCAGUCAUCACUUUCAAUCUUUUUUUCUGCUCUGUGGAUCUGCACUCUGCACUUUUUUUAAGAGUUGAUGCUCUAAAUUCUAUUGAAUGAAAUUUGAAUGAGGUAGUCUUUCAAAGUAUUAAAGCACCAAAAAGCAGUCAAAAAAGUCAGUGAGUUGGGCAUCCAAAAUGUAAAGGAUUCAGUCAGCUAACUGUGGUUCCUCAGACUUAAAGGAACCCUGACAUACAGGAGAAUGUGCCUCUCCAAUUUCACAAUCUUUGAGCAUUGAGCUUUUUUACAGGCGUGUUCUUUCUAAAGAGAUGAUUGUACUGGUGAUGUGAAGGUGAGAAAGAGAGCAGACUGUCCAGGAAGAAGCAUGUCCAAGGCCAGGGGCCUCAGUAAAGUGGGGUUACAGCACUGGCUGUGACAUGUAAUGUCCUAUCCAGUCUGACUGCUGUGCUUUGUUGCUUUGCUUAUUUACCCUUGACAGACACAACCGAUUGGCUGAUUUGUUGAGAAACUAAGUGAGUAGGAGUUUUGUUUUCUGACUUGUUUUGUCCUCAUUUUGUUUCUAGGAGCUGCAUCGACACAUAGAGGAGGGUCUGGGCAAGAACAUGUCUGAAAGGUGCUCCACGUCCAUCACUGGCGCCCUGCAGGGCACACAGACUGACAUGAUAGGUAAAGCCCCCAUUGUUUAUGCUUUCCACUGGUUGCUGCGCCCUAAUGGGCUUUAAUGAACUGCUCGCUGUACUCAAAUGGCCACACAGAUUGGAAAUAUGUUGAAUCCUGGUGUAAAUAUGAAGUGGUGCACACGUUUAAAUUGUUGAUAAUUCACACUGACUGUACCAUCCUGAUCCAGAGAUGCACACUGACCGUUUUUCUGUCUGUGUUGUUUCCAGAGGGUCUUAAGCCCCUGCUGCCCAGCCCGGUCAGAGAGCAGGUGGACAAGCUGGUUCCUCGUCAGUGUUUUAGCCUCAGCUAUGACCUGGCCUGUGAUAAGCUCUGCAGCGACUUCCAGGAGGACAUCAGCUUCCACUUCUCUCUGGGCUGGACCAUGUUGGUCAACCGUUUCCUGGGACCCAAGAACACCAAGCGGGCUCUGAUGGGCUACAACGACCAGGUAAUACUUAAAGAUGAUGACCCACAUCUUUCAGUGUUCCCAAAGUCUGUAGAGCCCCUUACAUGAUGGGAUUUUUCAUCUUACUUUUGUUGUUCUAGAUAUUUUAAUAUGAGCAGAUUACAGUAAAACCAAGAGGUUUUGAUGUCCUCUGUGCUUGCACAUUACUGCCACCUGCUGAUCAGAGGAAGAGAGUGAAAUCAUAGAUAGGGAUCUUGUAGCAUCACUUUUGUAAACAUUAGCACCCUUGUGCUUGAUUGGAGGGAUGAAACUUUAAAGAUAACGCCUCUGAAAUCACAGAGCACCUCCUCUCUCACUUUUGGCCUUUUUAUGGGACUCAAAUCUCACGCCUGCUUCACUCCUGGACUAGUUGACACUUCAAAUAAAGUUUGUAUGUGAGUUAGCUAGUCAAAAAAAAUGUGUCUGUUCAUGUUAAGUGACUCCCUGUGUUAGUGUUUGUUAGGAUUUCUUCCACUUCAUGUCCACUACUCUGCUGAUCCAGUAAAGAGUUCAGCAGAAGCUGCAUUUGUCAACAGAGCUUCUCAGUGAUAUGCUCUUUUUAGGGUCAAAAAACUAAAAGAGGAAGCAAGGGUCAAAAGUUACAGCCUGUUUGUGUAUUUCCUACAGGGACACGAUGAAAAUCAGAACCAAAAGGUAACUGGCUGUAGUGUCGUAGGCUGUGACCCUGCUCCUGUAAAAUCUUUUAGUCUGUGACUGAAAUUUCUGUAGAUGUGAAGGGAUAUCAGACUUAAUCUGUCUAAAAAUCCUGCUUUGUUAGCUUAAUAAACUGCAGAGGUAGUAAUACAUUUGUAAACCUUGAUAGUGGAGGAACCCUGAUAUGUAGUAUUUUGUGCAUUUUAGUCAUCCUGUAGAAAAAUCGGUUCACUCUCCAUGCAGUAAAUCACUCAUAUCAGCAGCCCUCAGACUGUAUUAAUGCAUUUAUAUUCUCACCUGAAAGUAAAAGAUGCAACAUGUAGUUCUGGCAUUUUUACAUAAAGCACACACUCCGCAGUAUCACCCCCCCUUAACAUGCUGUCAGCCCAGGAUCAGGACUCUCGCAGUCUUACCCCGUGUCUCUGAAUAAUCAGCUGUUCUCUCCCUGCAGGUCCCUCGGCCCAUGGCUCUGACUCCCGUCAGCACCAGCAUGCCUCCAUUCCCACAGAGCUCCAUGACCCAGGAAGAGCUGAUGGUCUCCAUGGUGACCGGCCUGGCCUCCCUUACCUCUCGCACGUCCAUGGGUGUCCUUGUGGUUGGCGGCGUGGUGAGAAAACACACAUGAUGAUUUGUUCAGAAGGGAAAAAAAAAUUAAAUCAAGCUAAACAGUUAGAAUGUCUAUUGGUUAACAUAAUAAUAAUGAUGAUAACAACAAUAAUAAUAAUUUUAUUGAUAUAGCAUGUUAAAAAGACAAGUUACAAAGUGCUUAACAUUUAGAAACAGUUGAUAAAUGAGAUUUAAAAAACAAAACAAAACAGUUUAUGGCUUUAGUUGUAGAACGUCACAUACCAACAAAUUAGGUUUAAGAUGUAAACAAAUAACUUAUCUAAACAAAAAAGUAAAAUGUUUAUGUCAAAUUCUUGCAAAAAUUUCCUGUUUAAUAGUUUCAUCCUUUCUAGAAUGAGAAUGACACACUUUUUGUCUCAAAAUGUAACAGUUUGAUAUUUUCAGGCUGUUUGAACACAAAUGUUUUAAGGCGACACUUCAUGCAAAAAAAUGUCUUCCUUUUUUUGUCAGUUCAUUUGAAUAUAUAUCAACAGAUUCAUGACUAAAGGCGCAAAAAAUCAUUGUUGGUCACUUUAGUAGCUAUAAGCUUUUUAAUUUCUGUGAGGAAAACCUCAUAAGUUUUUUCGACCAUGUUCUUGUAGCUUAUAAGCAGCAAAAAAGAGUUAGGGAUUCAACUAUAAGGAAGACUGAAACAAUUCCAUCAAAAAAUCAAGAAAAAAAAUCACAAAUGUUUAACUCAGAUCUAAAUCUGUGUCUGUCUGUGUGUGCAGAUCUGGAAGGCAGUGGGCUGGCGUCUGAUCGCCCUCUCAGUGGGUCUGUACGGACUCCUCUACAUCUAUGAGAGGCUCACCUGGACCACCAAGGCCAAAGAGAGAGCCUUCAAGAGACAGUUUGUGGACUACGCCAGUGAGAAGCUGCAGCUCAUCGUCAGCUACACCGGCUCAAACUGCAGCCACCAAGUCCAGCAGUGAGCAUGUUACCUGUUUACACAAUCAUUACUUUUUUACCUCAGAGCUGCUGUAGUGACGCACAUAGUUAUAUUUUUAUGGUGAAUCAUUGAAGAACUGUAUGUGUUGUUUUUUUAGUGAGUGUCUUAACUCUGUUUGUGUCCUGCUGUCUGUGGUGUUCAGGGAGUUGGCAGGUGUGUUUGCUCAGCUCUGCCAGCAGGUAGACGUCACCCGCCAGAACCUUGAGGAUGAGAUUGCUGACAUGAACAGCAAGAUCGAGCUGUUGGACAGUCUGCAGAGCAAGGCUAAGCUGCUGCGGUAAGAACCACACACACACCAACAGCCAGACGUGUGUGUCUGAUGUUGAAAAGUUCAAAUACUCUUGCAUUAGGUUUAGUAAUAAAUAUCUGAGGACUAGUCUUGCAAGAAGAAACAAAUCAUCAGUUUGUAACACAUAUCCACGUCAUCUUCAUGAUUUGAAAAUGCAACAGAAAAAAACAGGCUUUGUCCAUGAAACAAGUCCUGAUAUUUAGCAAUAUCCGCAUUAAACAGCACUAUUGUUUUAUAUUCUGUUUACUUCAGAUUAGAGUUAUCUAAAAAUGAUGGUCAGUAUUCACAAAAUAAGUGAAGUGCAGUACAGCGAUUAGGGAUACCUGAGCUCUUUCCUCUCAAAGCCAAAUGUUGACAACUAACACUGCAGCAGGAUUUACAUCUCCAUCACAACAGGAUUACCUGCUUAAAGGUGCUGCUUCAACAGAUGACUGUGUUGUCAUGAGUCUGAUUUGAUUUAAAGAAGUGGGUUGCAGCUGUUACUCACAGUCAAACUGGUGAGCAUCACUCCGAGCUCUGCUAAAGCUCUGUUAAUUAACUGUAAACGCCUUUGACUUCUGGGACGUUUUUCACAAUAAAAGUCCUGCCAUCAUGUUGUUCAAAUACCUGUAUACUGAGACAACCAUGCAGGGAAUGGCAUAUUUUCAGCAGCAGUAAUUUAACACAACUCCAAGAGUUAGAUCAAGAACAUUUAUUAAACACAAACAGGGAAGCCGGAAGAAACAAAGAUCCAGAUCACACAGAUUUAGGCUGAAGAGCUGAACGAUGUCGUCUUUCUCUAGUCUCAGGCAUAGACAUUACUUGUUUGAGGGGGUGAGAGUCGUAGCAAUGAAACAUAUUUGAUCUUUUGUCAUUUUUGUUACACCAUGAUAUAAUAAUGUGACUGCAAAAAGCAAAAUAACACCAUUGAAUACAUUUUUUGCCCACCCCUUAUAUGUAUCCCUGCCCCUGUUGGAAUUACAAAUCAGCCAAACUAGACUCAAAAUAAAGAAAAUUAGUGUGCAGAGGAUGUGUGAUCAAUAGGGGACAUUUUAUUGUGUUUUAGCUCUCUCACAUAUUCAGUAUUUAAAAUUAGGCUGCAGCUACAAGUGCAAGAAUCCUGCGGUAUAUAGAGGGCCUUGGUUGAAGCCUAGAAUACCGUUUUGUGUUGGACCUAUUGCUGUAACAAACCCCAUGGAUUCAGUUGCCAUAGUUUCUCAUGAACAAAAAAGAAGGGAACAAAUUGUGACCAGAAACCUGUGGUAUGACGAGCACAGACAUUGCACUGCCAACUAGCACUAAGACAGAGUAUUGCAGAGUGACGCAGACACACCAACACAGAUGAAUGUUGUGCAUAUGAUGGCAUCUGUUGGAUCAAAAUAACAUGAACUAAAAACAUAUAUUGUAAAUAAUCAGCACUGGCAUGAUGCUGCCAUCAAACAUGGCUGCAGUUAUGCUUAAUCCAGAGAUUCAUUUUAUCCCAUAACUUUCCAAACGAAGUCCUAAUUAUAGGCUGCAAGUUUAAAAUUAAUUUCUUAAUUAAUUUAAGACUAGUAUAUAAACUUAAAAGUUAUAAAGCAAACUUUUAAACAGCGUAUUUAUAGACUGGGAUGCAAUGUGAUGUGUUAGCUUGGUUGAAUAAGUAAAUAUGAAUGUGUUUUGUGUGCCAUUUAGGAACAAGGCGGGCUGGCUGGACAGCGAGCUCAACAUGUUCACGCAGCAGUACCUUCACCACAGCAAGUAAACCUGACAGAGCGUCCGCCCGAGAGACUGAACACUUCCAGAGGAACAUGUGGUACCUAACAUUGUCAAAAAGAAGGGAAAAGGGGGGGAAAGGGGAGAUCACCUUUGAGGGGUUGAUUUUAAAUCAGCUGAGUGAAGGGCAGAGUCCCGUGGUCAGCUGAUGAGCUGCCACACAAAACUGAAAGGAACUAGACGCCAAAUCGUAAAAGCAAACAAAAAAAAGGCUGUAGAGCUGAAUUCUAGAUAAAUUAUUACUCUGUUAGGCACUGUCAUGUGCAGUUAUGAUGAAACACAAGUGAGCAUGAACCUGAAGUCUCUAUAGACGGCUGAUAGAUCCGACUCCAGAGCAGAAACACAGUCUGAGCUCUCCUGAAUCCUUAAAAAACACUGUGUGACUUAAAGAGCUUCUGUCUGAAACUUCCCAGCUCACUCUGCCACUCUGACCUUGUAUAUUUAAUUUUGUACAUACACUCUGGACACGUGCCAUGCUUUAGGAAAAGGCAGUCCACAUGAGGGAACUGAAAGAAAGUGGCUUAUUUAAAAGAGGAAAAAACUGAAGAAAUGCUCAAAGGUUUCCUCUUCGUAUUGUUGAAUAAUAUUUGAUAGAGGUAGUGUUCAUGUCUGAAAAUGGUGCAGAGAAGGAGGACAGUUUGAGACAGAAACGGCACAUGAGAGACUUAAUUUAUCAACGUGUGAUUUAUUUAACAAUCCAGUUUGAAGCAUAUUAACUCUAUAACCUGUUCACCUCUCUGUACAUUAGCCCGACCUUUUCUUCUAUCCAGUGCUUGUCCUGUCCUGUUCCUUCUGAGAGUGAAUAUAAGUCCUAAUUUCUGCAGGAGAAAUCCAGCAACAGUGAUUUAACUGCAUUAAUUUGUGCGAAUAUCAUGCAGCAGAAAUAAUAGUCAGAAAAACAGAGACUGCUGUUGGUCAACUUGGAGGGAAAAAUCUUGUGUAAUUCCACAUUUUUGUCGGUCUGAUAAUUUGCAAAUCCAAACCAACAGUGAAUGAAAACAUGAACAGGUAGAGUCGAGGGGUUGUUCCCACAACUUAUUCCAGAAUAAACAGCACUUUCACAGGUUAAUACUUUCCCUGGGUGGCAUGUCUUUGCAAAGUUGGCAUGUUGGAAACACUGAGCUCACUAUUUUUCAAUAUGCCGAUGUUAUUUUUCAAACGUUAAUCAAACAGGAAGUGGUGCUGCGUUUGUUCUUUGAUUCAGAGGUAUCUGCGAUGUCAGGCUGUGAUACACAUAAUACUUCUUAUGAGAUAUACUCGCUGUUGGUUUGGGUCUGCACAUUAGAUCUGUUGACAAAACUUAUGUUGAAUCUCACAAGGGUGAUUUUUAUCUUGGUAAUAAUGAUUUUAAUUGGUAUGAUAGAAGAUCAAGACCACAAACAAUGAUACUCCACAAAGUUCAGACCUUAUUUAAGCUCCACGUGUUGACCAUUUUCCUGAAUUUAAACUGAAAUGACACCCUGGAAAGUCUCUCCGAUGAAUCAGCCAAUAACUUCUUCUCUCAAACUAUUAAAAUAACACGUCAACUAUUAAAAUAAAAACAUAGAAAAAAUGCCAAAGAGACGUUUGAGCUUGUUUCUAGAGUCUCCGCUGCAGAGCUCAUCCACCAGAGAGCACUAAAGUUUAUGUUUAAAUGUGAUCUUGAGCAUUUACAUGAGCACUUACAACCCAAACUGAGAGAGACAGAAGAAUAAAUAAGGGACCUUUUCUUCAUUAAGUAAUAAGUAUUUGUGCCAGACAUAAACCAAGUGGCUAAAAAGUCAUGUUACGGUUGAAUUUGGUUUGAUGUGGACACUAAAACAAAACCAGGGUGUUGCUUCUCUUCCUGCUUCUCUCUAAUCCAGCUCUGAAUCCAGACUUUUAAGUUAUUUUCUCAUUCUCACACUUUUCUUCAGAUUUCUGCGGCCGGUUUCUUUACAUAUCUAAUAAACAUGUUUUAGAGAAAGAAGUUUUUAACAUGAGGCAUUGGCACUGUUGCUGCCGCCCUCAGUGUCAAGUGUAUCUUAAUGAGUUUCACUUUAUUGUCUUGCACUGAACGCGUACAGUAUGUAAGCUGGGCUCUGUGACUGCAGAGAUGUAAACCUGCUCUUUUUUGCUUCUAUCAGCAAAUACUUGACUCCCAACGUGGAAAUCUGGACUCAAAUCUGUUACUGGGUGCGUGAGGGGGUAACCUCUGGUUACUUUCUCGCUGUUUUCAAAUGAAAUUUUACAUUUGGUUACUAAAGUGUGUGUUUAAUGUAACUUAAUAAUCUGCCUUUGGAUUGGGACCCAGAAGAAAAUGCCCAAAGAGACGAAACCACAUCUGAGUGGAUGUGCCUGGAUUUACUGAAGCGUGAAAAAGCCGUGGUUAUUCGACCAUAUUGUAAAUUAGAGCUUUUCACUGUGUGUUGCCAAGUGAGCAGGAUGGCUGCCGUACGACACUUCCUUCAGAGUGAAGACUUGCACUUUAUAAACUUGCUGCUUUUUUUUUGUUUUGUGAUUUCUUUGGAUUUCUUGUUUUUUCCUCCUAAAAUGUAAAAACCACAGAGUCGCUGUGUUUGACUUCAGGAAGCUGAAAGUACCUGCAUGCUGUGGCUGUUGUAGUUUAUUGUCCUGUUGAAAUGUUCACGCAUAUGUAUGUAUGUAAAAACAAAUAAAAUAAAGGUGACACAAUAAUUAAAGAAAAGUUGACUCA